AUGAGGCUUCUAAUUUUUUUGUUAACCGUAUAUUGCACACAAGCCAGAGUUGUUGACAACGAGUGUGAAGGUGUCCUCGUGCGUAAUAUUGUCCAUGAAAAAGAAAAAUUGUUAGAUGUUGAUAACAGUCCAUAUCAAUUAGCCAUUGACUAUGAUACAAAUACACUGUUUUUUAGUUUUACAAGUUCUAAAGAAGGCAAGAGUUUUGAAUCAGGCUAUCUCAACCUCAAAACUAAUGAAUUUCACACGAUUGAUGAUAUAGACGGUGGAUUUGCUAACGCCGUUGAUGCGACGUCACAUACUAUUUACUUGGGUGCAGGUGAGGGCAUAUACAAAUUUGAUUUAGAGAGUAAAAAAACAGAACACCUAAACAUAACGAAUCAUAAUAUUUGGCAAUUAUUUUAUAAAAAUAAUUUAUAUUAUACUACGUAUCCCGAUGAAUUCGUUUACAUAUAUAAAGAUGGAAAAGUUGAACGAGUUCCUGAAUUGAAAGACACACAAGCAAUGCUAGUUGUUAUUGGCAAUAACAAUAAUAUAUAUUUUUCUAACUCUUCGGGAUUGUACGUUCAUGAUCAUGAAGUAAAAUCUAUAUCAACUAUAGUGGAAUAUAAUAUAGAAUCUUUAACAAUUGAUACUAACGGCAAAAUAUAUUUUUGUACUGAUGAGGAUAUUUAUCGCCUUGAUGACAGUAAUAAGGUCGAGAAACUCGCCUCGUUGAAACAAAUUUUCGGAUUGGCUAUUGAAAAGGAUGGAAGCUUAAUCGUUGGAUUAUACAAUUCUAUUAUUAGAAUUAAGCCAACAGAUAAGCAAUGCACCGUAAAAGAGAAUUAA